GAGUGCUGUGCAUUCUCAGACAACCUUGGUGUGUUAAAGCGCUCCUUAUGACUGACUAUGAGUCGUGUGACUCGUUUAUGAUAUGCUACCAACUUUUAGUUCUGAUUAUAACUUUGUCUUCAUCUCGUGCUUGUGUUAUUUCUAAUUGCUGUUUAUUGUUUUUUUAUUAAAUAUAAUCUCAUACUGCUCCUUAAACUCCCUCAUCACACAAGGUACUAAAGGCUGGUCGUUGCAAUCAAAAUCACUCCUGUUGCUUACGGUUCGAAUAUGACGGAGCUGAAACAGAAUUCAUCUUACAAUUUUCGGUUGGGCAUUUCUAGUGAUGUAGAGGAUAUUCAAACGUUCCAUAGAAACCAAGAAUCACGUCGCAACUCUGUAGGCGUGUUAUCCUAUACCAAUGAUAACUUACAUCCUGACAUAUUAUUAGAUCAAGGCAUCGAAGGUUUUGAUUAUGAUGAUGUUCAGAAUAAAAUAUUCACUGACGAAGGAUCACGAAGAGCAUCUCACAGCAACAUUUUUAGAGAAGCCUUGUUAAGGCACUCAGUACUAUUUUUUAUAGGCGUAUUUACUGGACUUGCUGGUUGCGUGAUUGAUUAUGCUAUUGAAAAUAUCUCCACGUACAAAUAUAAAUCAGUUUCAUGGCUUAUUAGUCGUUACACCCAUUCCCUAUGGAUUUCUAUUCCAGGAUUUUUGUGGUGUGCAAUCAAUUGCCUCCUCACAGGCAUAGCGGCUGCACUAGUCGUUUUCUUAGCUCCAGUUGCUUCUGGAAGUGGAAUCCCGCAAAUCAAAUGUUAUCUUAAUGGUCUAAACAUUCCUCGUGUAGUACGCUGCCUCACCAUGAUUGUGAAGGGUGUUGGUGUUGUUUUGGCCGUGUCUGGGGGUUUAGCUGUUGGAAAAGAAGGACCUAUGAUACAUAUAGGCUCGGUGAUUGCUGCAGGAUUAUCACAAGGGCGCCUGCGGUUUUUGAAUUUUUCCCUGAGUUGCCUGAAGAUUUUUAGAAACGAUCGAGAAAAACGUGAUUUUGUUAGCGCUGGUGCAGCUGCUGGAGUUGCAGCUGCCUUUGGAGCACCUGUGGGAGGUUUGCUAUUUGCUCUAGAAGAAGGUGCUAGUUUUGUUUACCAAAGAUUAACAUGGACUAUACUCUUCGCAUCAAUGGUUUCGAUGUUUACUUUGGCCCUGUUCAAAUCACUGACCCGUAAUCAUGAGUUCGAAUUUACACCUGGUGGUCUUGUAAGCUUUGGUACCUUUGAAUCAUUGAAUAAUUAUAAUGCUUAUGAGAUUCUCAUGUUUUUACUAAUGGGUCUCAUCGGUGGAUUAUCCGGAGCAUUGUUUGUGAAAGCUAAUUCAGCGCUAACAAUAUAUAGACAAAAAAACAUUACAACAAAAUAUAACAAAAUCCUAGAAGCCAUUCUGGUUAGUUCGUUAACUACCACUUUAUGUUUUUCAAUAAUGUGGGCUGUUCGUGAUUGUAGUCCAUUAGCGUAUACUACCAGUUCUUUCCCCUUAAAAAUGAUGUGUGCAGACAACGAGUUUAAUUCGAUUUCCUCACUAUUAUUUUCAACACCUGAACGUUCUCUUCGAACUCUGCUUCACGAUCCUGCAAUGACAUACAGUAUUUCAGUGUUAACCAUAUUUGUGCUUGUAUACUAUUUCUUGGCAUGUAUUACGUAUGGACUGUCCGUUCCUGCUGGUCUAUUCAUACCAUCUUUGUUGAUUGGCGCUGGUUGGGGUCGAAUCAUAGGAAAUUUAAUGCAUAACUUCGAUCCAAUUCAUUUCUCUGAUCCCGGUAAAUUCGCACUAAUUGGAGCUGCUGCACAGUUAGGCGGUAUCGUUCGAAUGACAUUAAGUUUGACUGUUAUUCUAAUGGAGGCAACAGGAAAUGUGAUUGUUGGACUACCUUUGCUAAUGACUUUGACUGUUGCUAAAUAUAUGGGUGAUUGUUUAAGCGAAGGCAUUUAUGAUGAACAUAUUGGAUUGAAUAGUAUGGCUUUACUACCAUGGACUCCACAUUCGCUAUCAAUAACUAAGCGAGCUUAUGACUUGAUGUCUAAUCCAGUUGUGUAUUUGUAUCCUAUUAUGCGUGUUGGCGAAUUAGUUGAACGGAUUAAAAAUAAUUUACAUCAUGGAUUUCCAGUUGUAGUGGGUUCCACAGAUUCAUCAAGAUUUUCAUAUGGUACCUUAGUUGGAAUGAUUUCUUCGGAACAUUUAGCACUACUAUUGAAGAAACGUGCAUUUUUAUCUAAAGAUGGUAAUAUCGUUUAUUCGUUAACCUAUAAAGAUUAUGAUGAUGCUUAUCCAUCCUAUCCAAAGUUAGGUGAUGUUUUAGCGAAUUUAUCAUGUGAUGAUAUGGACGCCUACUUAGACUUGAGGCCAUACAUGUGUGAAGCACCUUAUAGUGUCCCAGAGACUAUGACAAUGACUCGUGUUUAUCAUCUUUUCCGUUUACUGGGUCUCCGGCAUCUACCAGUCGUUGAUAAUCAAAAUCAAGUUCGUGGAAUCAUUACACGAAAAGAUUUGAGACGUUUUAAAUUCCAGUUUGUCAGUGGUGAGUAUCAUGUGGAAGAGCUGAUUUUUUCACGUAAAAUGUAACAACCUUUAUUCAAUGUCCAUUUUUUUUUAUCAAUCGAUCAUUCUUUGAUAUUUUUGUAUAUCUAUGAUGAUGGUUAUGAUUAUGAUGAUAAUUGUGAAUAAAAUAAACAUUAAAAUUCACUGAUUUAUUAUUCGUUACUGUAAUAAUUAUUAUUAUUUCUAUGUUAUCUGCUUUGUGGUUUACCGAAGGAAUAUUAAAUUUAUUAUUAUUAUUAUUCUGUAGUAUUUUAUUUUCAGUAAUCUACUGGUUGUUUCUUACUUUUAUUCCUAUUUGUUAUAAACCUUUUUCUUUAUGAUUGUUUACUUUUAAACCAAUCUUUUUUUUAUAUAUAUUUUUCUGUGUUUUCGUUCAAAAUCACUAUUGUAAAAUUGUGUAUACACAUCAACGGAUUGAAUUGUGCUGUUUUUGAUAAUUUGGUUAUAUUUCGAAAUUUUUUCGUUAAUAAAUCUGUAUUAUCUUUUGAAUUGUAUUAACUUUGAAUCAAUUUACUAGAAAUUCAGAAAAAAAAAGCAAAUCUAGAUACAUUGAAUAAGACAACUACGGAAGAUCCAAAAUUUCUCCUUAGUAUUCAAGCAUGAUUUUAUGCUUUAAAGGAGGUCAUAUAUCGUACCGACUCUGGAAUUUUUGAAAAGCAAUUGACAUUUC